AUGCCGCGUCAACUCCAGCCCCGGAACACGGUCCGCCUGACGAAGCUGCGUCUCGGCGGUUGGCAGAGGACCACCAACAGCAAGUCGCGCAGACCGAGUUCCCAGCUUUUCUACGGUCCGUCUUCGAAUUCCGCCUUUCUGCAACAGAUUCAUCGAGGUCUUCUGUCCGGUCAGUAUGGCCAAAAUCAUGGCCGAGAUGUUCAGGAGGGUGGAGCGGGCCUUGAUAUGUUCAUGCAAAGGAACAUUUUCUUCGGGAUGCCACUGAAGGUCAACAUUGAGCCGACGCAGCCCGUAAGCUGUCCUGUUUCGAUAGAGCAGGCGAAGGAGUUUGCCCAGCACUUCAAGAAUACGCACAUCUUGACGCUUCCGUUUUUUACACCAUUGGAAAUGGACGAGAUACUCGAGAGUCUGUUCGAGCCUGGCGCUGAAACGACUGUCCAGCCGCAACGGAAAACAGUUUUGCUUGCCGCUCUUGCUCUUGGGGCGCUCGGAACUCCACAGACGAGUGCCGCCGAGUCUCUCUUCAUCCACGCAAAGAAGGAGGCUGUCAUAUACGAGGACGCCGUUACACUUCCCAUGAUUCAAUAUUCUAUGUUGAUGGCUCACUAUCAGCUCAACAUGGGGCGGCCCAACUCGGCGUACUUGCAUAUGGGUGUCGCGAGUCGGAAGGCCCUUGCCAUGGGCUUGCACGUAGGCACCACCAGCGCCAUAUCUCGCAACGAAGAAGUACAGUCUCGUCUUAUCACAAUAUGGUCGCUUUACUUCUUGGAAAUAUGGUUGAGUUUAGUUGUGGGACGACGCAGCAUGGUAGGGAAGUCAGACUUCGCUUCGUGCCCGUUUCCCGACGGCCAGCCGACCAUGGUGGCUCUUUGUCAGUUUGCGACCAUCAUAGAAGAGGCUGUCGAGUCUAUCUACAAUCGAAGAACCGAUUCACUUCGACAACUGUACGGAAAGGCAGAGAAGCUUUAUGCACAAGCACGUCAAUAUGGCGACAAAUGGGGACUCGGCUCCGUUAUUCCGACGCAGCAAGAGGCAUGGAACCCGGAAACAUCUUUGCUGCUGCACAAUGUUUAUUUCCACGUCAUCCUGCUCAUAUUUCGACCAUUCCUCAUAGCUGAAGCAGCCCUUCAGUCGGGAAGUGGUGCCGGAUCGACGGGAGACAUCUGGCUUAGACAAGCAUGCAGACAUGCCACAGAUGCUGCGCAAGAUGCUGUCGCCUUUACGAGCAGCAAACUUCAUGGUCCUGAAGAGUGCAAUACCCGCAGGUACCAUGCCUUCUUUAUCGAAUCAUGCUGUGCGGUCCUCCUGUAUGACAGUCUCCGCCAUCCGGCCAAACAUCCUCACAACCUAGAGUACAUCCAGAUGGCCAUCUCUGGUCUGCACUCUCUGGUUGGAGACGACCCAGUCACGAAUGCAAUACGCUCUAUUAAGCGUAUUGUGUGGGCUGUUGAGAAUACCAUCAAUGCCUCAAGAACAACCUCUGGCGGUAUCCUUGACGGAGGCUCAACAGACUCCUCGCCCUCCUGGUCCGGCGAUCGGUUCCCUACGAGCAUACAAUUUCCAUCACUUGACGAGAACAGAGCCACUACCUCUGACGACCUGAUCUACUUUAGCAACAGGCCGUAUCGUCAGCAGCCUGAGCCAAUUGCUCCGGAUUAUUCGAUGUCUCUGCCCGGUGCAGGAACGGGGUUGAACCCCUUCCCAGAUCUGAAUUACGACGUACUCACCACGGACUUAUUCAACUUUUUUCCCAUCGACAUGAAUGCGGGUCCAACUGGUCAUAGUUCAUGA